AUGCAAACGCACAGCCACCAUCACAACGCCCCCCCGCUGCCAAUGAGACGGAAACCGGCACUUGAUGCAACACCAACAACACCACAUCCCACUCACCAAGCAUAUGCACCACCAUUUACACCACAACAACAUUCAUACCACCUGGACCCUCCACCACCUUAUUCAGGACCAACACAGUCACAAGGCCAAAGCCCAGGCUCGGCAAUCGAACUCAUCGACCUCAUCGACGAUUAUCUAGGCGACUAUGACGAUGCUCCCCCUCAAAGUCUCGCACCUGGCCCUGCCUCUCACCUUCGCCAGCCCUCUGCCAUUCCACUGCCUAUUUCAUUCAACAAGGAGCAGAACAUUUCCCUUGCCCAACAGGAGGUACCGGUAAACACUGAAAAGCCACCUCUUCUUCCACCAAAAGCACCCGAAAGACAACAAAGACCUGGUACACCCAAUGAACAAGGUGCCCAACAAACAUUCCAGGCGUAUCGGCCGUCGGCGGAAAAGCCCCCUUCAUUGUUGGAGUUGGGAGAGCAAGCGUUGGAAAGGCCGGUAAGUAGGGGGGCUAGAGGAAGUGAGACACCGAGAUAUGAGCAUCCGAGUGCACUGCAACCGGGAGGAGGGAAGGGGUUAUCGUCGCCUUUUCAUGGCCGACCUCAAACUGCUCAAGAUGCGCAUCAUGGCCACGGACAGUAUCAGAAUUAUCAGCAGCAACAUCACCAGCAGCAGCAUCAAGGACACCGGUACGAUCAUGGCCAUGCUCACGGCAAUGAAGGACACCACCGGCCGACAAUGCUGGAUAUCCCAUCUCAAAGACAACAUCAUGGCAAUUAUCAUGACCACCAUCAAACACAGCAGCAGCAGCAGCAGCAGCAGCAGCACUCCCGAAAUUACAACAACCUGAAAGUGCAAACUAGCAUGCCCGCCCUUCGACCCGGCGCUCCCCUCCAAUCCUCAAACCAUCUCUCUCCAUAUCCAACACCUUCUCCAUCAGCAUAUGCAUCCGGACCUCCUUCAGCGGCGCCCCGAAGCCCGAGUAGUCCGGUUCCUCCACUGCCUCCGCGGGCAGCAACUACCGGACAUGGUGGAAGGUUUGGACCUCCUCCGGGGUCUGGCGGGCAGUAUCACGGACAACAUCCGCACACUCCUUUAACACCUCACUCGCCUUACAACCCAUCUUCGUACAGCAACACGCCUGCUGGCAGCCCGAAUCGAAGCGCCGCGCCCAGUCCCGGACCGUCCGGAGGUUCCGGAAUUUUCGGAUCGGGACAAGGACCCACUUGGAACGGAGCAAGCGGAGCAGGACCCACUUAUAACGGCCCGGGCCUUCCCGGCCCUCCAUCGGGUCCUCCACCCCGCGCUGCGACGACGACAGGAGCUACUCCUUUCCCUCCUCCUCCGCCGCCUGGCCCGCCACCGCAACCUUUAGGUCUCCCCGGACAACAUCCUCACCCUCAAUAUGUGCAAACCCAGCAGUUCGCUCCUCCUCCACCUCCACCACAACGUUCCCUCGAGCGUCCGAGUCCGCAUCCCCAUGUCCAGCACGCAGCAACCUUCGCCCUAGCCAAACCUCAACAACCCCAAGCGGAACAACAUCCCGGACUACACCACUCCAAAUCCCUACCCCAACUCCAACAGCAGUCCCAAUCCCCCAAAAAGGACGAAGGAAAAGGCUUCUGGUCCACCGCCCUCUCCGAAACAGCCUACCUCGCCUCCGGCCUCAUCUCCCACCCCUUCGAAUCAACAAAACACUACACCAUCCUCCGCCACUCACCUUCAGUAAUUUGGCACCGCGGUCCGAAAACAACCGUUACCAUCUCCAUCUUUUCCAGUCCCAAGUAUCCGCUCCCUACACUCCCAUCUCUUCCGCCAGCUGCAGGUGUGGCAGGCACCCAUGUAAACGUGACAGAUAAUGGUUGGUCCCUCUGGAUCCAACAGCGUGGAUUCUCCGGCGAUAGCGGAAUGAAGAUCAAAAACUGGCUCGGUGGUCGCGAAGACUGGGUGUGCGUGACGCCCGCUAGUCGGGUACUUGCCGAUGAGCUCGAAAGUGGUAGCGCCGCUAAGAAAAAGUCGGGUUGCUAG